AUGGUUCUCGCUAACGAGGAGAUGGGCGACGCGCAGAUUGAACCUCAUCAAAGCAAGACCUCCUCCCAUGCGAGACAAGCUGCAUGCCUCAACUGUAGACGCAGCAAGAUCCGCUGCAAUCGAACCGAAGGCAGCGCAGCAUGCGACAAAUGCAGACAGGCUAGCCUAGACUGCGUGGUGCCCAGCCACCACGUGGGCAGGCAAAAGGGCGUCAAAAACAAACGCAAAGGACUGGAGAAAGCCCUGCACCAGAUAGAGCAGGCUAUUAAGCGGCCCAAGUCCGAUGCGACGGGGUCCGAUGCGGCUCAAAGGAUCAUCUCAAACCUCCAGGAGCUAUUGAAUAAGACCCAGCAGGGGCAGUCGCAGCAGCUGCAGAGCGAGACCGAUGAGCUCUCGGAGGGGCCCGAGCAGUCGAAUUCUUUCCCGUCACCCCGCGAUAUAAAUGCGGGAGAUAAUCUGUCGCUGGACGAUGCAGAGAACCCUCUCCAGCUACUGGCGCGCGCCUCUGACCUACAGUUAUCACCGGCGGAAACGCGCGAGACCUCGAGAUGGCAUCCGUCCACAUCCGUCCAGCCCACAGCCCUACCGAGGAGUAGCCUCAAUGGCAAUGAGCCGUCUGCCAAGUCUUUUUUUGUCCCCGUCAGGGCGAGUCUGGAUGUCGGUCCGGACAUGGAUCCCAUUGACGUGGGAUUGGUGACCUCGAAUGAAGCCGAGUCGCUGUUCUCAUUUUUUUAUCAAAACCUUGCACACACCCGAUGGGGCCUGGACCCCCUGGUGCACACAGCGGCGUUCGUGCGCUCCCAAUCCGCCUUUCUUUUCACCUCGAUCAUGGCUGCGGCUGCCUUGUUUCUGCCCUCCGCGGUGGCGUUAUCCAAGAGACUCUCCAGACACUGCAAGUCCCUGGCCCACAAGGUGAUCUCGCAACGGCUGAGAUCGGUCGAGAUUGUCCUCGCUUUCAUGGUGAACGUGCCCUGGAUGGCGCCGGGGGCGUGUCUGGGUGACGACGAUACCUGCAGUUAUAUUGCGAUGGCGCUCACGGUUGCGUUGGAUCUGUCCCUGAAUAAGAUCAUUGUACCGUCGAUAAGCUUUGAUAAUGAGCUCUUAAGGAAGCUACCCAAGGCCGAUAGCAUUGAUGCCAGGAGAGCCUUGCAUAUCGAUGGAUUCGAUGGUGUGGAUCCUUCAUCUGAAUGGGGGCAAAGGCUCCUGCGCAGACGGGAAAGGACUUGGAUUGCAUUAUUUGUUCUUGAGAGAGGUGUAUGUCUUGCGCGCGGACGCAACUACACCGUCCCGCCUACUGCUCUUAUUGAAAACUGCGAUAGGUGGCAUGUUUCUGACUAUGCGGACUCUCGCGAUGGAGCGAUGACUUCGAUGGCGGUGUUGAGAAGAAAUUUGGUAUACACCUUUCGCUAUUCGCCCUCUUUCGUCAAAUCCAGCUGUGAUAAUUAUCAAACGGGUGAUACUGGGUCUGAAGCUGCUCAGUCAAUCAAAACGAUGAUAGAAAGCUUUUAUGAUCGAUGGUAUGAGAUGUGGGCCCCAGAAAUCGGGGAAGGCCAAACUCUUUCUCUCCCGCCAUACGUCGAGAUUCUGGUCAUACAUACUCGUCUAUCGACGUACGGCGGCGUGAUCAAUCACCCGACAGCGCCCCUUGAAGUGAAGCGCUUCUUCCGUGCAGCAGGUCUGUCGUCUGCCCUGAAUGUAAUGAGAGCAGCCAUCCAGGGAGAGUCGAGACUAAAGUCGAUGCCGAACAACACGGUUAUCAUGAUCUCCUUCGCCGCAUGCUCCGCGCUGAGUCUCAGCGUGAUGCCAGAAGAUAGCCGGUCUAGCCUGGCACCAAGCGUACGAAAUCUGAUCGAGGAGACCGCAGGCGUGCUCGAGCGAAUCGGUGCAACUCCUAGCCAUAGAAAUGGCGCAUCCGUUCUUUAUGGACGAUUUUUGCGAGAGCUUGUCCGUCGGGGUCCCAUCAACUCUGCCACCCAGAGCCACAACGAGCCGCGAAUGGCGCCAUCUGGGACGACAUUACCGCCCUCUACUACGCUAGAGGGAUACGCUCAUAUCCCUCCCGCCACACAGCCUCCUUUUUCGGCGCCUCUGUUCUGGUCGGAGCCGUUGCAUUUCUCUGCAAUGUCCGACGACCAGAUUAUCGACGCGGUCAACCGGGCGGGCGGCGCGUUCGGAACGAGCUUUCCCGAUGUCCCGCUCGACGAUAUGCUGAGCUGGGAAUGGCUGGACCUUGGCAAUACGGCGGAUUUCAGCUUCUAG